ACCACCUUGGAGGGAUGACCCAACUUGUGUAAGCUUGCUGUUGUAACGUGUGGUGUGGUGUUUUGAUCACAAGAAAGAACAGUAUUCCGGCGAAACCCUGCAUGUGCUGGAACAUUUGACGACAUUAUUCUGUUCAACAGAUUUACAACAGCGCGAUAGUUAGCUUCUAUCGACGCGUGCGUGUAUCCUGCUGUCACUUUCUGUGUUAUCGAGGGCACCCAGGCUCAGAGGGAAAGAUGAUGAGCAAGACUGUAACGAGGAAACUCCUGGGGUCCAUGUGUGGCUUUCAGACCCCCAGGUUGACCUAUGCUCUGAGUGUUGCUACUGCACCUCUUCGAGAGAGAGAAAUGAUAAAAAGUAGAGAACUGGAAAAAGAGGAGCUACGUCCACUCUACAUGGACUUUCAGGCAACAACACCCAUGGACCCACGAGUGCUGGAUGCAAUGCUCCCUUACCAAGUGAAUUACUAUGGCAACCCUCAUUCCAGAACUCAUGCCUAUGGCUGGGAGAGUGAGAGUGGCAUGGAAAAAGCUAGAAAGCAAAUUGCAGAUCUUAUUGCUGCUGAUCCCAGAGAGAUCAUUUUCACAAGUGGUGCCACUGAGUCCAACAAUAUGGCAAUCAAAGGAGUUGCCCGAUUUUACAAAGCCAAGAAGAAGCACGUCAUCACCACACAGACUGAGCAUAAAUGUGUUCUAGACUCCUGCCGUGUGCUGGAGUCAGAGGGUUUUGAUGUUACCUACUUACCCGUGAAAACCAAUGGACUCAUCGACCUCCAGCAAUUAGAAGAAAGUAUUCGGCCAGAUACAAGCCUAGUGUCUAUUAUGUUCGUCAACAAUGAGAUUGGAGUCAAGCAGCCCAUCAAGGAAAUAGGUCAGCUGUGCCGUUCCAAGAAUGUCUUCCUCCACACGGAUGCUGCCCAGGCCGUGGGCAAGAUCCCUGUCGACGUCUCUGACUUGAAGGUGGAUCUGAUGUCAAUCAGUGGUCAUAAAAUAUAUGGCCCUAAAGGUGUUGGGGCUCUGUAUGUGAGGAGGAGGCCGAGGGUGCGCAUGGAACCUCUGCAGAAUGGUGGUGGACAGGAGAGGGGACUUCGCUCAGGCACGGUGCCCACACCUCUGGCAGUGGGGCUGGGAGCAGCCUGUGAGAUUGCCCAGCAGGAGAUGGAGUAUGAUCACAAACGAGUGUCCAUGCUGGCCAAUCGCCUGGUUCAGAAAGUCAUGUCAGAAAUCCCAGAUGUCAUCAUGAACGGUGACCCAGAACAACGCUACUCAGGAUGCAUCAAUCUCUCCUUUGCCUAUGUGGAGGGGGAAAGUUUGUUGAUGGCACUAAAGGAUGUGGCACUUUCGUCUGGAAGUGCCUGCACCUCUGCUUCCCUGGAGCCCUCCUACGUUCUCAGGGCAAUCGGAGCCGAUGAGGACCUGGCCCACUCUUCCAUCAGGUUUGGAAUUGGUCGCUUCACUACGGAGGAUGAAGUGGAUUACACAGCAGAGAAGUUGAUUCAACAGGUCAAACGGCUAAGGGACAUGAGCCCCUUAUGGGAGAUGGUGCAGGAGGGCAUUGACCUGAAGAGCAUCAAAUGGACCCAGCACUAAGCCAACCGCAUACGAGAGGAAGCAGAGGAUAGAGCCUUGUGAAUACUUAUUUUGUAUAGUUAUGGAAAGGAUGCCAUUCCCAGCAUGACUGGGACUCUUUCUCAAAGAAACACGCACAAAUACAUUACUUAUUUUUGGGGAAAUGAGUUUGUUUAUAUUGGCAGACCAUUGUCUGUUCCUUCCUUUUGCGUUUAUAUAAAUUUGGUCAGAGCAAAUUAUAUUGGAUUUGUUUCUGAAAUAUGCCUGAAAUGGCUUGAGUGUUUUUGGUCUUCUUUUGAGUAGCACGGACUACAUUCCAAGGGUAAUUAUUGGUUAAUUCCCUUAAAGUUUGUGCAUUACCUCUUAUUUGCAUACAAACAGUUUUUUCACAACUCAUCUGGAAAUUGGAUAAUCACACAUGGGUACUCACUGUUGAACUUAACUUGGCAAACAUCCUGGAACAACACUUUUCAUAACUACUUGAUACUGGCUCUUUUCCCCCUAACUCUGUUGGAUUCCCAAACAGGGAGCCAAUAUCUCAUCUCAUCUUCCCUGCUUAGUCUGUUUAACAAGCAAAUAAAUAUAUUAGAAUUUACAAGCAUUUAUGUCUUAUAUCUCAGCACUUUUCCAAUCUUGACAGAUUAGUUUGACAACAUUUAAACACACAAGACAGACAUUUAUUUUCAAGUAGUAUGUAUAGCCUACAUCAAUUCUAUACAUGCAUAGUUUCCAUACAGCAUAAGUCACUGAAACCAAAAGCUUGGAUGCAAACCUCUCAGUGUCAGCGGAAAGCCAGUUGUGAUACCAUGCUUAUUGAACGUCUGAGUAUAGCCUACCCUGUAAACAUGCCAUUCAAUUCUCCAUUAAAGCUACAGUAUGUUAAAAA